CACCGGUCGGCACAUGGCGCGCCGUCUCCACCGUCUCUCUUCGACUUCGCGAGGAAAGUUGAAAAAGUCACAGAAAACGCGAAUGUUCCAGCAAAGGCACAAGACAUACAUACAAAAGUUUAGCAUUCCUGCUGUGCAAUUCACGAACUGAGUGGAACAAAGGGAGGAGGACAAUAUUUCAUGAGGAAGUACCGCUUAAAGUGACACGUCAACAUGUCCUCCUGCACGGAAAGUCCAGACGUACCCUUUAAGUGCCGAGUCUCCAACGAGGUAUUCACCGAGGAGGUAAAGCUGCACCUGAGAAAGCACGAGGGCAGCACCUCGGCGGAGACCCCCAGACGUCCCUUCUCGUGCCCAGAUUGCCCAAGAGAGUUCAACUCCCAAGGUGCCCUCAACAAGCAUGCACUAGCACAUGCGGGGCAACGCCCACACACGUGUCCUCGUUGUCCACUCAGGUUCUCGCAGAAGGGGACCCUGAAUCGCCACCUCGUCACCCACCUGCGAGUGCUUCCCUUCGAGUGCCAGCACUGCGGGAAACGGUACGCACAAGCGGGCUCCCUCAAGCUACACCUCUUUUCGCACACGCAGGACAAUGGCUUUACUUGCACCAUCUGCGGGAGAGGGUUUGCACGAAAGCACACCCUGCGCCUGCACGUGCAGGGGGUGCAUCGACGAGAACGGCCGCACGAGUGCGCAACGUGCGGAAAACGCUACGCCCGCAGGGACGACCUGCAGGUGCACCUCAACACCUGCGGUGACGCGGAGCAUCGCGGCAGACGUCCGUCUGGCCGCAGUAUCAACCUCAAGGGCAUGCUUGCGGAACUUAUUUCGGGGAACGCCUGCGGCACAACGGCUGCAGGUGACGUCUCACGAGCCGGUUGCCGAUCUCGCGGAGUCGACCCGAACAAUGACUGCUGUGACAGUCUAGCCACGCCACUUUCGUCAUUCCGAAAAAAACUCAAGUUGCAACGCUCGAUACUCAUGUCCGACCCCAUGGAAACAGGGGCGCAACUGAGUGAAGUACAAUUUGCUGCGGCUGUCGAAAAACUAUUGCUGCUGCUAGUAGGUGAAGCAGUCCUUCGGAAGCUAGGUUGGCCAAACAUUCCCACAGAAGAGCUCCUGCGGGAAGUGACCCGCUGCUGCGGUUGUGUUCCUGCGGAAAAACGGGACAGUACGCUGCAGACGCUUCGGGAGAACUGCAGGUUGCUCUUCACAAGCGUUCUCGAGGACGACGUCCUGCAUGGGUUGCUCGGCGCCCACAGAACAGUCGACGAUGUUGUGAGGAAAAUUUUACAACUUAAGGAAAUUUGGUGAAAUGAUACACCAAAGUACUUUAACUUUUGCUACCAAACACUUUUUAUGUACCACAAAGAGUACCAAUAACUGCAAACUUUUUGUGUAUGAUCUCUCGAAGAUUGCCUUAUAUGGGGAGUUUUUUUUUUUUUUUUGUUACGUUUCUUGCAAAAAUCUCUUAGAGCAGCAUAGAUACCAUAUUUCCAGCCGAGUUAUACAGUGAGGCGGACAUCCUCUCGAAGACAGUACACAACCCACUAGAUGCCAGAGUACCUAAAAUCCGUUAAUUAACUCUAAUUCGGGGCUUUUGGGCAAAAGUGAGACAGCACAAUGGAAGAGAACUCUCGUUGAAAGCCAUUCUAUGUUUUGAAAUUCCUGAAUCAAGCAUGUGCGUUGAAACAUCCAAAUUUUGUCAAGCAAAUGAGCCUAAACCAAAACUGCACGAAAACUUGCAUAAAACUUGCAUAGCAAAACUUUGUGAUGGAUAUUUCAAUGCAGGUGAUUGAUGAUUUUUUUUUUAGAAUCACCAUGUCUUUCAUUCGAACUAAAGAGUUAAUGAAUUUUCGGUAAUUAGUCAUACAGCAGUUAGACUCUCUUCGAAGGAAUGUCUGCAUGGCUGCAUAGCCCACCUGCUAUCAGUUUUCUAUAACAAACUAAUGAACAAACACCUACAUGUGGGCUAGGGCCACAUCAAAUUCAGGUUCUUUGAGACAGUGCUUCUUUCUUUUUUUUUUCACUAUGCAGUCUUCACUCAAAAGUACUUUUAUUUUUACAGCAAGGUCGAGUACUGCCCUGUCAGCGUUAGAUUUACUUAUUGCUCUGCAAGUUGCAACUUCUUUUGUCUGAUAUUUGAAUACUAACUGCCACAAUUUUGGCAUUCCACAACAUACUUUUUUUUUUUCACUUUGCUUUGUAUCAAAGCAUCUAUGCUGUGAUUACGUUUAUCUCGUUAUCAUUCCCCUUCUGAUUCUCAUUUUUUUUAAAGGUGUAAUCAGUGACUACUUAAUAUUCCAAUGGUGAUUCCACAAUAUACUCAGUAUUUUUGUUAACAUAUAUAUUUCAUAUUGUGAUCUUGUCAUAAACCUUGUGGUCGAAUGCAAAGCUUGCCGACACCCGAAUUUACUUAAAAAGUUGCACUCAAUAAAAUCGUUGUGUUGUUGUUUCAA